AUGGCACCGAACAAUCAACGUCAAGUCAGUUUCCCCAACCUUCCCUACCCUCAUCUUCGAGAUAUACCCCCAAAGACGGGUCGACAAUGGCUGGAUGGUAAAAGAAAACAGGAUGGAGCUGAAAAUCUUUGGAGGAUUCACGACAACCUGUAUGAUUUGACUGAGUUUAUCUCCUCACAUCCCGGAGGUACCCAGUGGCUAGAAUAUACUAAAGGCACAGAUAUAACGGAGCAAUUUGUUACACAUCACUUAGGUGGUGUCGCCGAAUCAAUCAUCCCGAAAUAUUUUGUUCGAAAGGCGAAUUCGCAACGGAAUUCACCCUUCACAUUCGCCGAAGACGACUUUUAUGUAUCACUAAAAACAAAAAUCGUUGACAAGAUAAAAGAUAUACCGAAGGACGCGAGAAAGAAGAGCGACAAUGUAACUGAUGCGUUACUGAUUCUUUUUAUAAUUGGAGGUCCUUUAUGCUGUUGGACUUGGACACAGAAUUUGCUGCUCGGUCUUGUGUCAACAGUCAUACUUGGCUACGUACUUAGUGCUCUAACAGUCUGUGCCCACAAUUACUUCCAUAGAUCUGACUCUUGGAGGAUGUAUUUGUUUAACUUCAGUGGAUUUUCUUAUGCAGACUGGCGGAUAACUCACGCAAUGUCACAUCAUCUGCAUACAAAUACGGCCCAAGAUAUAGAGAUAGGGCUGUUAGAACCCUUCCUUCAGUUCAUGCCAAAUCCGGAUAAACCAAUUUGGGCCCAAAUGGCAGCUUUUUAUUAUCCCAUCGUAUUUGCUUUCGUUUCUCUUGGAUGCCUUUUAAAAGAGUUUGGUGCUGGAAUCGUUAGAUACCGUGGCGCUUCAGUGACAUGGGCUCAUACCCUACCAUACACUGUACCAGUAUGGAUGUGGCUAGCUAGCGGGCUAUAUCUUCCUUGGACGAUCGCUAUCUGGUUACUAUCACUGAUGAUUGCAAGUGAAUUUUUCAUGGUGUACGGUCUUACGGCAGGUCACCACGCCCAUACCAAUUUCUUUGAAGGAGAUGUCCCUAGAUCAGAGCAGCUCGACUGGGGUAUUCAUCAACUGGAUACAGUUAUAGAAAGAGCGGAAUAUGCUGGAAACCACUUUAAAUCAAUCACGAGGUUUGGAGAUCACGCCCUACACCAUCUCUUCCCAACGCUGGAUCAUGCUGAGCUUAAAUACCUUUACCCAACACUUUUAGAACAUUGUGAGAAGUUCGAAAUGCAACUUCGAACCACAACCUUCUAUGGAGCCCUAUUGAGCCAAAGCAAACAGCUGAUUCGGAAGCGGCCAAAUAAUUUCAGAGAGAAAAAAAUAAAAUAG